GUAUAUUUUCAUUGUCCUUGACAUUGUAAACAAUAUGGCGCCGCCCAUCAAGCAUGUUAUGCAUGCUGAUGGGAAAGAAGGUGGUAUUGAUCAGGUCGGAAAUUCUCAGUCGACAACUACAGUCAUUGAAACUGCAGAUGAAAAGUGGAACAGAAGGAAAGAAAACUUUAAAAAGGGAUUUCUUCUGACAUCAGUGGUAGGCUUAGCAACUUACUUCCAAUUCAAGAGUGCGUACGCCCUAGCAGCCAAGAAAGGUGAUGGCAGUACCAUUACACCGGUCAAUAUUGGCAGAGCAGAAAUGAAGUGGGCCUCCAAGGCUUUAGCAUAUGGAACCAUUUUGGCCAUAUCUGGUACCGGACUGGUCUGUUUUCUAGUCAAAAAGGCAAUGGGGGUUAACAAUUUGAUUGAAUUCAAAGAGAGAAUGCAUGAGAUUUUUCCUCAAGCGAAGAAGUCACCAAAAACUGGAGACGAAUCUGAGAACAUAGAGACUGUUGAGGACUUCAUUAAAUACAUCACAGAGGAUAAAAAGAAAAAGACAGCCUCUAAUAAUUCUAAUUCUGAAGAUACGUGAUGAUACCUCAUCAUUAGAAACACUAUAUUAUGUCAUUUGUGUGUGAUUAGUUUGUGUUAGUGAGAGUGAAUGUCAAAGAAGGAUAAGUUCAGUUAAAUAGAAGAAGAUUACUACCUGUACUUGUUUUAGUUUAUGUGAACGCUACAGUCCAGCUUGUACUGGUUUAUUUAAUUGUAAUGGAAUGAACAAAGCAGGACAGUGUAUGUUUUGUGAUUGACUAAUACUUUUAUUGAUAAAUGAUACUGCAUGAGUUAUUUUUAGUGACUGGCAAAAUAAUGAUUUUAUCCUAAAAGUGGACAAUGUCAUUAAUGUAUUAGCGUAUUUUUUUUUUUUUUCUAAGGAUGAGUUUUAUUUUCAUGGGAGAUAUUUGUGAAUUGUUAGCAAUUUUUUUUUGGACAUUUUAAGAUCAUCUUAAUAAUGCCAAAAUUAGACGGUGAUUAAAAAUUACUGAUAUUCAGUAUCAAAAUUAA